CCUGUAAGUGCAGUUGCAGGGCAGUGGCCUGGCCCGGGGCCCUUUGGGGAGGUCGGGAAGUUGGAGAACACUCUGGCCUCCUCCAUCAUGUCGGCCAAGAGGGCUGAACUGAAGAAAACAAGCCCGAGCAAGAACUACAAAGGAGUUUGCCUAGAUCUGAAACCAGAGCCGACCAAAAUAAGAAGUUACCUUGAGGCCAUGUCAACAGUGAGGCCUGAGAUCCGUGGGGAGGCCACUUGGAGUCAGGGGUCUUUCACUGCACCUGGUGGCCAAGACCUGUCCCAGACAUACGACUACAAAGGAGUGAAGCAGGAAGGACCGUUUGCCAAGACCGAAGUGACCCGGGAGCUGAAGAAUGAACUCAGAGAGGUGAGGGAAGAGCUCAAGGAAAAAAUGGAGGAGAUAAAGCAGAUAAAGGAUAUAAUGGACAAGGAUUUUGAUAAACUUCAUGAAUUCGUGGAAAUUAUGAAGGAGAUGCAGAAGGACAUGGAUGAGAAGAUGGACAUUUUGAUGAACAUCCAGAAAAACAAGCUUCCCCUUAGAAGAGGACUCCAGGAACAGCAGGACCCCGAGCUGAUGGCAAAGAGUGACACAGACCCCCAGUUGAGGCUCAAGAAAUCCGAGGGAGCCGACAGGGUGCCACUGGCUCUCCCCAAGACAAUGGCACCACAAAAAUCGAAGAAGGACUCGCUGGCUGCCCCCCAUCAGUGUAGCAGCUGCUGCAAAACAUCCCCGCCAGGCCUGGGCACCCUUUUCACCCUUGGCAUCUGGAGCUGCUUUCUGAUUUACGUGUACCUCAGCCUCAGUGACAUGGAGUAUGUGCAUCCGACCUAG